CGCUGGCCCGGAAGCCGCGCUCCAACGGCUUCCUCGUUGGUCUGUCACCAUGGCGCUGGCAGUCUUGCGGGUCCUGGAGCCCUUCCCGACCGAGACACCCCCGUUGGCGGUGCUGCUGCCUCCCGGGGGCCCGUGGCCUGCAGCGGGACUGGGACUGGUGCUGGCCCUGCGACCUGCAGGGGAGAGCCCUGCAGGGCCGGCGCUGCUAGUGGCGGCCCUGGAGGGGCCGGGCGCAGGGACCGAGGAGCAGGGUCCCGGGCCCCCGGAGCUGCUGGUUAGCCUCUCGCUGCUGCGGCUCCUUGCUCUGGGCCCUGGGGCGUGGGUGCGGGCACGGCCCGUGCGGCGGCCUCCGGCGCUGGGCUGGGCGCUGCUUGGCACCUCGCCGGGGCCCGGGCUCGGACCGCGAGUCGGGCCGCUGCUGGUGCGGCGCGGAGAGGCCCUGCCAGUCCCCGGACCUCGGGUGCUGGAGACUCGGCCGGCGUUGCAAGGACUGCUGGGCCCAGGGACGCGGCUAGCUGUCACUGAGCUCCGUGGGCGGGCCAAACUGGGUCCGGAGACUGGAGACAGCAGCCCGCCCCCACCUCCGCCCGUGGUGUCCUCCUUCGCGGUUAACCGCACAGUCCGGCAACUCCGGGGAGUUCUGGGAGGGACUGGGGAUUCACUGGGUGUAAGCCGGAGCUGCCUCCGUAGCCUGGGCCUCUUCCAGGGCGAAUGGGUGUGGGUGACCCGGGCCGGGGAGUCGUCGAACACUUCCCAGCCACACUUGGCCAAGGUGCAGGUCCUAGAGCCUCGCUGGGAUCUCUCUGAAAGGCUGGGACCUGGCUCUGGGCAGCCAGGAGAGCCCCUCGCUGACGGACUGGCCCUGGUGCCUGCCACUCUGGCUUUUAAUCUCGGCUGUGAUCCCCUGGAAGUGGGAGAGCUCAGAAUUCAGAGGUACUUGGAAGGCUCCAGCAUCCCUGAAGACAAAGGAAGCUGCUCAGUGCUGCCUGGGCCUCUGUUUGCCAAAGAGUUACACAUCGAAAUUGUGUCCUCUCCCCACUACAGCACGAAUGGAAAUUAUGACCAUGUUCUUUACCGGCACUUUCAGACACCCAGGGCAGUCCAGGAAGGGGAUGUUCUGUGUGUGCCUACAGUUGGGCAAGUAGAGGUCCUGGAAGGAAGCCCAGAGAAACUGCCCAGGUGGCGGGAGAUGUUUUUUAAAGUGAAGAAAACCCUUGGGGAAGCUCCGGAUGGGCCAACGAGCGCCUUCUUGGCAGACACUGCUCAUACCUCCUUGUACUUGGUGGGUUCUACCCUGAGCCCUGUUCCAAGGCUCACUUCAGGAGAAUCCACUCCCUGGAACAGCUUGUCUCCUCCGGGCCUGGAGGCCUUAGUGACCGAGCUCUGUGCUGCCCUGAAGCCUCGCCUCCAGCCAGGAGGUGCCCUCUUGACAGGAACCAGCAGUGUCCUUCUCCAUGGUCCCCCAGGCAGUGGGAAGACCACAGCUGUCACUGCAGCCUGCAGCCGCCUUGGCCUCCACCUACUGAAGGUGCCCUGCUCCAACCUCUGUGCAGACAGUAGCGGAGCUGUGGAGACAAAACUGCAGGCCAUCUUCUCCCGGGCCCGGCGCUGCCGGCCUGUGGUUCUAUUGCUGACAGCUGUGGACCUUCUGGGUCGGGACCGUGAUGGGCUCGGUGAGGACGCCCGUGUGGUGGCCACGCUGCGUCACCUCCUCCUCGAUGAGGACCCCCUCACCAGCUGCCCGCCGCUGAUCGCUGUGGCUACCACAAGCAAGGCCCAGAACCUGCCUGUCGAUGUCCAGACAGCAUUUCCUCACCAGCUGGAGGUGCCCGUGCUGUCAGAGGGGCAGCGGCUCAGUGUCCUGCGGGCCCUCACUGCCCAUCUCCCGCUGGGCCAAGAGGUGAAGCUGCCACAGCUGGCACGGCGGUGCGCAGGCUUUGUGGUAGGGGAUCUCUAUGCCCUUUUGACCCACAGCAGCCGGGCAGCCUGUGCCAGGAUCAAGAACUUGGGUUUGGCAGGCGGCUUGAGUGAGGAGGAUGAGGGGGAGCUGUGUGCUGCUGGCUUUCCCCUCCUGGCUGAGGAUUUCGGGCAGGCACUGGAGCAGCUGCAGACAGCUCACUCUCGGGCCAUUGGAGCCCCCAAGAUCCCCUCGGUGUCCUGGCAUGAUGUGGGCGGGCUGCAGGAGGUGAAGAAGGAGAUUCUGGAGACCAUUCAGCUCCCUCUAGAGCACCCAGAGCUUCUGAGCCUGGGCCUGAGGCGCUCGGGCCUUCUGCUCCAUGGUCCCCCUGGCACUGGCAAGACCCUCCUGGCCAAGGCAGUAGCCACUGAAUGCAGCCUUACCUUCCUCAGCGUGAAGGGGCCCGAGCUUAUCAACAUGUAUGUGGGCCAAAGUGAGGAGAAUGUGCGGGAAGUGUUUGCCAGGGCCAGGGCUGCGGCUCCAUGCAUUAUCUUCUUUGAUGAACUGGACUCCCUGGCUCCAAGCCGGGGGCGAAGUGGAGACUCUGGAGGUGUGAUGGACAGGGUGGUGUCUCAGCUCCUGGCCGAGCUGGAUGGGCUUCACAGCACUCGAGAUGUGUUUGUGAUUGGGGCCACCAACAGACCAGACCUCCUGGACCCUGCCCUUCUGCGGCCUGGCAGAUUUGACAAGCUGGUGUUUGUGGGGGUGAGCGAGGACCGCGCCUCCCAGCUACGCGUUCUGAGCGCCAUCACACGCAAAUUCAAGCUAGAGCCCUCCGUGAGCUUGGUGAACGUGCUGGACCGCUGCCCUCCCCAGCUGACGGGGGCAGACCUCUACUCCCUCUGCUCUGAUGCCAUGACAGCUGCCCUCAAACGCAGGGUUCAGGACCUGGAGGAAGGGCUGGAGCCCGGAAGCUCAGCACUGCUGCUCACCAUGGAGGACCUGCUGCAGGCCGCUGCCCGGCUGCAGCCCUCGGUCAGUGAGCAGGAGCUGCUCCGGUACAAGCGCAUCCAGCGCAAGUUUGCCGCCUGCUAGGAGCCUCCUGCAAGCCGGGACCCUGCCCACAGUGGCUAAAGGGAUACAGAUGCCAAGGCAUAGAGGAGCAGAAAACAGUCUGCUCUGUCAGGAGAGCAGGCACCCAGGGGUCUGUGGAAAGAGGUACAGCUCAAAGCAGGGGCCAUGCUCAAGGCCACGCCCUCUCUCACCUCUGCAGUCUGGCAAGUGGGCAAAACUAUUGCCAAGGCAGAUGACCGCAUCGAAGCCGCCCCCUGGUGGCUGGGGCACAUCUUUGUCCAGAGUCAUCCAGUUGGCUUCUUCAAUGACUGGGACCAGGAAGGGGAAGAGGGAUCAGGGUGGCACCAUGGCACCAGCAGCACUCACCUCCACCAAGUGCAACCCAGCCUCAGUUUCUCCUUCAAGACACACAGGGAUUCCCCAUCCGGUUAGAAGGAGGAGCUCACCAUGGACAUGGAGGGGGAAGGGGAGAAGGGGUCAAGGGAGGAGGAAACCAGGGAUGGGAAGCAUGGCUCUGUGCUUCUGUGUUUUUAUUUGGGAGGAGGGAGAAGACUCAUCACCAGAUACCUCAUUCUGGUGCGUAAGCCUCCCUUUCCAGGGAAAUGAAAGUAAUUUUGCUGUCCCCCUUAAGGAAAACAAAGCACACCAGCACAGGAGCUGAAGGAGCCCAGGGCAGAGAGUACCGAGUCCGUGGCGGCUGGGUGGGGAGGGCCUGACUGGACCUGCAUACCCCACUUGUCAAAGGCUGGUUCGUGCCGCCGGUUCCAGCGCUCUUUAAGCGCGUAUUUCAGCAUCUUGUCACUGGCAUCCACACUGGUCACGGUGAAGCCCUCUUCCACCAGCAUGAUGGAGUCCACCCUGGGCAGGGUCAGAGAUGAGAGGCCAAGAGGGGCAGUCAGGGGGCCUGGGAAGGCAAGGAGGAGGCUCUGUGCUGGGCACUCCUGUCUCCUCCACUCUUGAGACCAUUCCUCUGCUUCCUCUCCUUAGGCCUUCUCCACUGACCUCAAAUGACCUGGCAAAUCGGUUUAUCACCAGGUAGCAAAUUCUGGGUUUGGUUUUUUAGCACCUCUUCAGAGCCGGGCGCUCUAUAAAUGUGCAUUAAUUCUCAUGGCAACCCUGUGAGGUAGACAAUGUUAUCCCCACUUGAGGGAUGGGGCAAACUGAGUCUCCUGGAAUUUAGGAACCUGUGCAGGGGAGGUAGUGCAGCAUGGUGUUUUGUCUGAAUGUCCUCUCCACUAGGUAGAGGGCUUUCGCUCCUCUGAGGCGGGAUUUCCACAAUUGUAAGUGGGGUAUCACUCCUUACCUCAUGAGGUUAUGUGAGGAUCUUAAAAACGGAUGUGCCAAAAGCUCCUGGCACCGCGCGUGGCGGCACGGGCAAAUAUUGAACAAAUGUUAACUGUUAACACUGCCCAAGGCCAUCACUUCGGGACCAGUGCUGCAGCCAGGACCCGAGCUUACGUCGGUCUGGCGCCAAAGCCCGGCCGCCGCCCUCCCCGGCGAACCGGCAGGCCCCACCCUGCGGUGCUUACACGCCCCCUCUGCCCCCGGGUGUCUUCAGCCCCUCCUCCCGCUCGCUCUGCCCCCCCUCGUCCCGCCCCGGGCCGGCUGCGGCUCGCAGGUGGAGGCUGCCGGACCAACCAGGCCGAGGUCCCCCACACACCCCGCCCCCCCACGCCGAGCCAGCGGCUCCCUGGCCCCCCGCCCCGGCUCACCCGGUGCCGCAGGCCACGUCGAGCACCCGCUGGCAGCCGUGCUGGCGCAGCAGUCCGAGCAGCCAGGCCUUGUACUCGGCCGUGCGGCUG